AUAAAUAUUUCAUCUGAUCGAAAAAAAGUAAACGUCAUUCAAUUUGUCAAUUCAUCAUCAGUUUUUUCUCCUGUUUUUGAUCUUUGUAAAUAUAUACGCCUCAUUUGAUUGUUUUUGAACAAGAUUUUUUUUGAUUCAAUUGGAACUUGUUGAUUUUACCGACCUUUCGAGAAUUUCAAAAAUGAAAUUUUUAUCCACUACUCAAUAUUUAUUAUUAAUUUUAUCAUCAUCAUGUUUGAUGAUAACUACAGUGUCGACUAUUGAAUCGACUGAUUCUCAACAACCAAAUCCAACCAUUUCAAAAUCGAAUCAAAAUAAAUUGAAACAACCUAGUUCGAAAACAUCAUUGAUUGUAAUCAAUGAAGAUGAUUGGGAUCAAAUGCUUCAAGGUGAAUGGAUGGUUGAAUUUCACGCUCCUUGGUGUCCGGCUUGUCGAGCUUUGCAACCUGAAUGGAAAUCAUUUUCAUUUUGGGGUUCAGAUCUUGGUAUUAAAGUUGGUGCCGUAGAUGUAACGGCUAAUCCUGGUUUAUCCGGUCGUUUUAUGGUUACUGCUUUGCCUUCAAUUUAUCACGUCAAAGAUGGUAUAUUUCGUCAAUAUAAAGGAACACGUGAUGUGAAUACAUUUGUUAGUUUUAUUGAAGAGAAAAAAUGGCAAUCAAUUGAACCGAUUAGUUCAUGGAAAUCACCAAAUUCAAUCCCAAUGUCGAUUGUAUCGAAUUUUUUCAAAAUAUCUAUGACACUUCGAGCACUACAUAAUAGUCUAGUCGAAGAUUAUGGCAUUCCAUAUUGGGGAUCAUAUAUUUUAUUUGCAUUCGUAACGAUUUUGUUCGGUGCAAUGCUUGGAUUACUUAUUGUUGGCGCCAUUGACAUUAUCUAUCCUGCCAAACCUAGUGAUGAUAUUUUGCGACAACCAUCAACACAGGGUGAUCUUAUUGAUGAUACUGAAGAUAAUAUGCAAAACAAACGUAAUAAGCAUCAUAAUGAUGACGAUGAUGAUGAUGAUACCGAAAAAGAUCGAACCGAUGAAGAUGAUUAUGAUGAUGAAGAAGAAGAAGAAGAAGUAGAAUAUAGUGAUGAUGAUGGACCACAAAUCGAAGAAGUUAUCGAGGAUAAAUCGGUUGAAAGUUCACCCGAACAAAAACCACGUCAACGUAAAGCUAGACGAGAUUGAUUUUUUGAAGAUUUAAAGAUGGCGGGAACAAGAAACAAACAUGAUAUUCUCAAAUCCAGAAAUUUAUUGCAAAUUAUAAUUACAAUAUGAUGUUUAGAUUAAAAAAAACACAC